AUAUACGAUAUUUUUUUUUUUUGAUAAAUUCAAUAAGCUUUAAAAUAUUGUGUAGUAAUGAAACACACCUGUAUGUAUGUUAACCAAAUCACUGUGAAUUAAUUUUUCGUUGACUUUUUUGAGGUGUCAAAGUGUCAGUGUGUCAGUCUAAUAUUUAUUUUUUCAAUUGUGUUUUCGAGCAUUCAAUAUUUUAACAAUAUUUUAUAAAUCUACCAUAAAUAUUAUAUUUUGGAAGCAAGCCCCAACAGUAAACCAUGCCAGGUGAAGAAGCAAAUGAGAGUAAGGCACAAAAAUUGGCUGCCGCAAGGAAAAAGUUGAGAGAAUACCAGAAACGUGGUGCUGCGGAAAAUGCCAAUUCUGCACCUACAGAAUCGCAUAGCAGUAGCAUCGCCGGUGGCAGCAGUAUUUCAAGUAACAUAUCUGAGGCAUCCGAUUAUGAUAUAUCUACCAAUGGCCAUGAGGCUACAAGCGCUAAUAUGCAAACAUCAAUCGACAAUAACAUUGCGACGGAUAAUUCAGCAACAGCUGAGUUAGCAGUAAGUACAACGGAAGUUAUUGCAACUCCUAUAUCUACUGUGUAUGACCCAACACCACCCACUGCCGCUAGUUACUUCCAAACCACAACACAAGAUUUUCCAGCACUAACGCUGGAUAGUUUUUCGGCGCCAACAGUUGCAACAACUGUGAUAAAAGAAACUACAACAGAUCAAAUGCAACUACAGCAUGUUAAUGCAAUUCAAGUGCUUAUAACUGAGAAGGCUGCGUUAACAACAGAUUUGAAUAAAUAUCGCACUUUAUGUCGCGAGCGUGAAUUGGAAGCGGAAGAGCUGCGUACGCAGUUGGAAUCGACGACACAACGUCAAGAGGAACUACUACAACACUAUCAAGUGCAGCAACAAAGCUUAGAACAAUUGCGUAACACAAAUGCUGAGCUGCAACAUAAAUUAGCGCAAUCGACGGCAAAACAAGAAGAUCUAGCCGGUCAUCUAGAUGAGUUAAAACGACUGCUAGAUGUAAUGCAGCAACGCGCCACAGAUGUUGAACAUCAGUUCAAAGAAAAAACCAAUGAGCUUGAAAUGACACAACUGCGCAUACGUCAACUGUCGGAUGAGGCAAAUGUGAAUCAGCCCGAUAAUCGUGUAGAAACACUAACACAAACACAAUUCAUGUACGAACAGCAGAUCAGAGACUUACAGGCUAUGGUGCAGCAGUUGACGUACGAUAAAGAGCAAGCAAACAAUCAAUAUCAGAGCUAUGUAAAACAUUUAAAUGCGGAAUUAAGCAAUUUGAGCGAAAAGAAUUCUGAAUUGUUGGAUGAGUACACAAAGCAACAAGAACGUGAACGUCAACUGGUGGAUCAUAUAGGCGCACUUGAAAAGGACAUACAAAAGAAUCUAAGCCGGCAAGAUCAGUUAAGGAAAGAGAAAGAACAGGAAUCCCUAACGCGCAGCAUAGCACCCGACCAAGAAGUGGAAAAACUAAAAGAGCAAUUUGCCGAUUACGAAUUGGAACGUCAUGAAUUCCAACUGAAAAUUAAAUCUCAAGAAGAUCGUCUUGAAAUUCUCAGUAGUGAAUUAGAGGAGAAGCAAACAAAAUUGGAACAAUUGGAGGAGCAUAUGCGAAAUUAUGCUGCCGAACAGCCCGACCAAACCAAAUUAUUAGCCACAAUGGAGUCGGACAAAAUCGCAGCUUCUCGUGCGCUUGCACAAAACUACGAACUGAAAAAACAACUAGAUGAGUUGGAGCUGCGCUUCGUACAAUUGACAAACGAUAAAGCGGAGUUAAUGAAUAAAUUGGAUGCCGAAGAGCAUGCCAAUCGUGAAAUGCGUGCGAACUACAUUGAAAUGGAAGAACGCCUACACACUAUUGAUGAGCGUUUCAAAUAUAAGGACGAAGAAAUGAUACGACUUUCACAUGAGAAUAUGGAACUAGCUAAUAAAGCAACAGCUUUGCAAAGGAAAUUACAACGCCAGGAAAAGAAGGCCAUUUCAGGGAAGGACGAUCAUGUAGAUGAGCACAACGUUGAAUCGCACGAACAUCAACACAACGGUUGUGGCGACGAACAUGAACAUACCCAUGUACAUGAUCAUAACGAACACGAACAUGAGCAUGAUCAUCAUGAACACGAGCUGGAUCAUCACGAACACGAGCAUGAUCAUCACGAACACGAGCAUGAUCAUCACCAAGACGAGCAUGAUCAUCACGCACACGAUCAUUACGAGGAUCAUCACGAACAUAACCUCUAUAAUGGACAUGAGCAAUCACAGCACCAUCACCAACAUGUAAAGCAAUUAUCCACAAGCAGCAGCAACACUAGCACACCAUACCUACCGACCGAAGAAGCCGUCGAGCGUUUAGAGCAACGCUUCACACGUCUCAUGUCACAGGUGGCCGAUUUAACUGAUGAAAAACAACGCUUGGAACAUUUAGUGCUACAACUGCAAGGCGAAACUGAGACAAUUGGCGAAUAUAUAACGCUGUAUCAAACACAAAGACGCAUGCUAAAGCAACGUGAAUACGAAAAGGCUGCACAAAUGCAGCUUUUGCAGCGUGAACGUGAGCAAUUGCGCGAGCGAAUCGCCGUACUUAAUAAUCUAGUAAAUAGUCUGGGCGCAGAUAUGCCGCACAGCAUACCGAACCUACAAGAAAAUUUACACGCCAGUAGCAUAGCAAAUGAUGGUGAUGUUGCAGCUGAUGCCAGCACGCCUUUGAUUGCGGUAGAAGCUAGUGAAGCGCUUGAAGAGCAACACAAUCAACCAGAUUCACAAUUGCCUGCGAACGAAUCACGUCAAAUAUUAACAAAAAUUCAGAACAUAAUAUCUGAAAUAAAUGAGAACACACAGCACAUUCCAGAUGUGGCAACGGCGCAAACAGUCGACCAUAUAAAUUGUUGUCUUGGCAAAAUUGAAGUUGUUUAGAGCUGACAAAAUGUCUGUGUGCAUUGACGGAAUGUGUGUAUAUCUGUGAUUAUGUGCGUCACUGCAGUCAUACACCAUGUCAUGGGGUUUCAAAUAUGUUUGUUUGUAUGUAAGCUACCGCUAUUGUUAUAUAUGUUUGUCAGCUUAUUGGACUUUUGUGUAACUCUAAUUUAAUUUGUCGAUCAUUUUGAUAAUUAUGCAAUUACGAUUUUUAGCGACACUUUAUGAACUUAUUUACAGUGUUUCAAGUAAUAUUAUAUAAUACAAAAAUAUUUAAAUAAAAUUUGUAAGUUUUGUGCCGUAAUGAAGGUGUCAUUUGUUGUUGGUGUUGUAGCGAGUCGUCGAAAUAACAGCGCUUGCUGGAUAAAAUCCGUGUGAAUUCUGUUAACGUAGAACGUGCUUUUGUAGGACCGUUGUGUAUACAUACAGUUAUUAUGAAAAGAACAUUGUUCCGGUCUAUGUGCAUAUAGAAAUUUGAAUGCUUGAUCCUCAAGCUAAGAAAAUGUAAUUUCAAACUUUAUAUUUGCAAAUCCUGCCCAGAAUUUCAAUUGCAGCUAAUUUCAUCUCCUAAAUUUCAAACUAGACAAACACAGGGUAUAGACUCAAACGCAUGAAUUGAAAUAAAUGUCAAAACCUUUCAAGUUUUAUUUGUAAUAACUUUUAAUUCAAUAUUACCUAUGUUGUGCAUUAUUAAAUUUUAAUAUUAUUGCAAAUUUAAACUUUUUCUACUUACACUUUGAGAACCACUCGUAUUAUGUAUAAAACAUAUAACUAAGUAAUUGCAGUACAAUUGGCAAUGCUACACUAGUUUCUGCCAACAACAGAAGGAAGGAACAACACUUUCGCACUAAAACGGUUUCAUUUCUUUACCCCGUUAUGCAUAAAUUCAAUGUCUUCUUUUUAAGCAAUUAUUUCCUUUGAAUGACGAUUUACUUUAGCAAACGGCUUAUUGUCGUCGCCUGUUAUUUUUGUGAACUUAUUCAGUCAAGUUCAAGUGUUCGAAAUAUAUAAUAAGAAAUAAAAGCAGCCCAAAGUUACAUAAAUACAUUCAUUAAUUUUACUUAAGUUUUUGAUAAUUUUCCUCUACAAUUUAAUAAAAUACAACAUGUUCAUUUUUAGAUACUCAAUGUUUUUAUUACCUAUAAUGAGCUUAAUUAAAACAUGCUGACGUCUUGUACAUAUUUUCAAACCACCGUUCAAAACAACGCGCUUUUACGUAAAAAAAAUAGUGAUGAUCUGUCUCAACAAGUAUACGGUGCUGGUUUAUUAACUAUGCACGCAUAAAAAUAAAUUUCUUAUGAUAUGUAGCAAUGAAA